CUCACCCAUACACUAAACUACACUACAACCUGCUCCAGACGACGCCCCGCCGCCCAUGAGAUCCCCACUUAGGGCAGAGCCAAGUCCGUCGUGCGUCUCUUUCGCUCCAGAGGAAACCAUCCGGGUCUUAUUAUUGUCGGGCUGUGCGCUCACGCUGCCCACGGCCUCACCCUCGGCAAUAACAGAAGGGGUGCCAGCCAGAAGAAGAAGAAGAAGAAGAAGAGGAGGAGGAGGAGGAGGAGGAGGAGGAGGAGGAGGAGGAGAGGAAAGGGGUGUUAGCGUAUUCCGAAUUGACGCUCAGAAAUAAACAGCCUGUUUGGAAGACGUCCGUGGCGGGAAGCGAAAGGGAUCUUUAACUGAGAUGGCUGAGGUGUCACAAGAGGAGAAACUCCAGGCCAUCGCUGAGAAAAGGAAGAGGCAGACAGAGAUUGAAAAUAAGAGGAGGCAGCUGGAUGAUGACCGACGGCAACUCCAGCAUCUCAAGUCGAAGGCAUUGAGGGAGCGCUGGUUGUUAGAUGGAGCUCCGGCGGAGGAGGAGACUCAGAAGCGUCUGCAUGAAGACGAGGUGAAGACCAAACUCCUGGAGCAGGUCAUCCUCAGGCUGGAGCAAGAGAUUGAAGAACUGGAGACAGACCCUCCAGCCAAUAAGGGUGUGGCCAAAGAAAAUGGAGGUGAGAACGGAGUAGUGCAGGGCUCGGGUCAGACCCCCAAGAGAGAGGUGACGGGGAUUGAGGCCAAGCUGCUGGGUCCCAGUCCGGACCAAGCUAGCGAGGACAACCCCGUCACCCUGGUGUUCAUGGGCUACAAAACCGUUGAGGAGGAGCAGGAGUCCCGCACGGCUCUGGAAGGUGUGGACGGCAACGUCAAGGCGGAGUUUGUUGUGAUCGAGGAUGGGGAAGGGAAGGCCGGAGCAGAGGCCGCCUCAGAAGAGCAGGCUCCACCCAAUGGGAGCAUGGCGGAUAAAGAAAAGGCCAACGUAGAGGAGGGAGAGAAGGAAAAGGAGAAGAAACAGAGCUGCAAGUGCUGCACGGUCAUGUGAGCUAUGUGUGUGUGUGUGUGUGUGUGUGUGUGUGUGUGUGUGUGUGUGUGUGUGUGUGUGUGUGUGUGUGUGUGUGUGUGUGAGGGCGAGUGUGUGGGUGAGUACACACCUGUACCUGUGCAGGCAUGUGUGCUAUUGCAUGUGUAUGUAUUUGCAGAUGUGUGUGACUUUGUGUCUGUGUGCGAGCGUGUGAGUGUUUGUGUGUGUGUGUGUGUGUGUGUGUGUGUGUGUGUGUGUGUGUGUGUGUGUGUGUGUGUGUGUGUGUGUGUGUGUGUGUGUGUGUGUGUGUGUGUGUGUGUCGGGACUGGGGAAAAAAACAAAAAAUCUGAAGUACAGUUACACAGCCAAUAUACCAACAAUGAGAGCCAAUACAAGCUCCAGCUACAACAACAAGAACCACAAAGACUCAUAAGUACACUUUACUCUGUAUACUUUCUCUGAUAUGUAUUUUACUUUUGAUUUCUAUUGAUAUUUUUCUAUUUUUCUGUCUUGACAUUUAUAUUGUAUUCAGUAAGUAUAUCUUUAUUAUGGGACUGUGUACUGUAAGUUCAUUGUUAUUAUUGUUGGAAAAAAAUAACUAAAAUGUAUUAGCUCUCUGGAUUGUACUGCUACCAACUGGGGGAAAUCUGGAAACUUCAAAUCAUUUAAGUCAAAACAGCAAACUAUGAAGGACACAGAUACCUAAAUAUAUAUAUACAGUAUAUAUUUCUCUGUGUUGGCCUACCAACUAUUUAUCGGUCAAUUUCAUAUUGCAAUAUUGUCUAAGAUAUUAUUUUAAAUAGUAUUUUAAUAUAUUGAUAUGAAAUUAUGUUUUAUACAAGGUAUUUAUUGUUUUUGGUUCUCUAUAUCAUCUCCAACCAUUAACUGCAUGUAAGCUUGUAAGCACUACCAGAAUCGCGUUACAAUCACAACAAGUGUCUGUGCUUUCUUAGCCUCAUAUGUGCUCAUAUCUUUAGUCACACAAGUCUUUCUAUCAGUAACAGUUGAUAUAAUUGGCAGCGUAGCGAUGUGCAUUAAGCUUAAAAAGAAAUCUACAGCACAGAGACAAAGCGGCUGAAAAACACACUAGCUUCUCAUAGAUACUAUAUGUGACACAUGUACAUGAAGAUCACAGCUUUUGUAUUUUUUAAAUAAGAUGGAUUACUACUUUAUGAUCAAUAGCGUCAUGGCGAACCAUUGCGCAAUGAUUAGAAACGCUUAAAUAAUUUUGUUCUCACAACAGUAGAAUCAAUGUGAAUCUUAUGAGGUAGCACUGCAUGAAGCCUUGCAACUGUUUUGACUGUCUUGUCACUUGUUAGGUCUUAAUUAUACACUAUCACGUUCACAUGAAUGUAAACCCAGGGGUUAAAUUGGGAUUAGUUCUACCAUAACGAGAAGAGGCGGGCUUGCACGGCUCACGUAUAAAAAAAAAAAAAAAAAAAAAAAAAAAAAAAAAAAAAAGCUUUUUGUCUCUUUAUGAACCAAAUAAAAAUCUGAUGGUAAACUGUAAUGUCACUGUGUGUUGGUCGGCUGCUGGUUUCUGUCCUGCUCGCUCCCAGUUUAACCCCUGACUCUUUGUCUGUAGACGCCGGCCCGACAGUGCUUGAAUAGAUUUGCAGCAAAAGGAAAAGAUUUCAUGUCAUUUGAAUAGACUUUUCUCACUUAUAAAUAUAUUCUCUGGGCACCUUCAAUCUUUUUAGGCUUAAAAACACAAUAUAAAUUUGGUUUUUCCCAGGGUCCCCAAGCCUUUUUUAGCAAUUAUUGAAUAAGAAACUGGCCAUAUUCUAUCAGAAAAAUCAGUCUAACUGUUUAAAAUAGUGCAGGAUGCUAGCAAGAUAAACCAUACAUCUACACUAUAGACAUUUCAAUGCCUUUUUGAAAUACAUUUUGGCCCUAGUUUACUCAUUAGUUUGUCUGGGUCGGUGAUGCUACGCCACCAAUGCUUCCAAUAUCCCCCAUCCCCCUAUUCACCUUCACACCAUCACCAUCGUCACCAUCCUCAUCGUCCAACACACACACAACCCCACCGUCUAUGCUUGGAGACACGCAGUUCAAAAAACCUCUGAAGUUGGUGCUAAUCCUGAGUCUCACGACUCGUCGAACGCUCUCCAUCCACCAACUACUCUUCAACCCUCCCUCCCUGUGUCUUACUCCACCCGCUGGUGAGGGGGGGAUUGUGGGAAUCUAUACUUCCUCCUGCAUUCGUCAAAUAAGGGAGUCUUUCGCAACCUUCAGUGCCAGAUGCAUUAUCUCAUGUCCUGUCUAUACGUACCACCAGAGAAAUGAUCCCUUCUAACAUUCCAAAGGGAGGUCACCGGGCGUGGACAGAUGGAUUAUAGUCUAUGCUUUCCAUAUGUACAGGUCCACUGUUAUUGUAGAACUUGCGACUUUCUUUCCGAUAUUGACUCAUGGUUUUUUCUUUCCUACGGCCUCUUUGCAAGGCGGUGUAUUGUAUUUGAUGUGUGUAUUUUAAAAACAAGACCAUCUGUGUAUUGUUGGUGCCUUUGUCAGGUUCAGUUGGUUGGACUUGUCUGUCUGCCGCCAUUUUUUUUUAAACCGGGGCCUUUUCUUGCUCUGCUCCUGGUCAUGAUGACCCAAUGGAAACACUGCCUUCUACUCUAGAGGGGUACUUUACAACUAUGGUAGAAUAUCAUCCUCAUAUUUCUCAUGAUUACUAUAAAUAAAUGCAGCUCAGAUGAUUGGUAAUAUGCAGACUUCUGUUGGUGUCUUGAAAAAAAAAACGUUGUAUCCUGUUGUUGAUUUUGCCGUAACUGACAGAUUACGUUUUUUUAUUCCAUCAACCGAGAAAUUUAUCAAAAGCCAAACUACAUCCAAAGCUUAACAUUUUAUGGGGAUACAAACUUUAUGCAGGAGACUAACUGACUACUAGUCUAUGUGCAGUGUAUACCCAUGUGUGCAUAUCUAAACGCAUACAUACAUCUGUAUACAUAGAAAUACAUGUAACUUUGUUGAGCUAAAUAAAGCUUUGCUUAAUUGUGGGUAUCUGGGACAGCAGCAGAAAAAGCAACCUUGUGUUAUACCAAUGCCUGUUCAUCUAUUCUGUGGUCGUCUAAAUGUUUAAUCUUGAAUAAAACUACUGUUUGUUUACAGCAAGUCAGAUAAGCGUGUAUGUUAUCAACCAAAUGUACACAUAUUGUGCCAUGGUUAAUGAUGUGUGUGGGUUUCGGCAUCUCAGCUGACGGAGCCACAGACGGAAGACCUUCUGUUGUAAUGCAAUUGUCUGGUGAAAAUAAUAACAAAUACAAUAAAACUACCCCU